AUGCGUUCCAGCGUGGAACGCAUCGGCCGCGUCACGCAGGCCGCUUUCCGCUCGGAGGGGGAGCUUCCCUGCUCUCCAACGGGGAACGCGGAAGUGACGUCACGGCCGUAUCACUUCCGGAAUGCCGCUGGUGUGCCGACUGGCCCUAUCCGUGUCCACAGGCUCAGCCUGAGGGUUCUGCUGCUUGACUUGCUGCUGACGACCCCGCUGCUGCUGGAUUUAUUGUUGCUGGAUGCCAGUUGGAGUGCGUCGGGGAAGCUGCAGGAGCGUUGUCGAACCAUCGUUGUCCUGUUGUUAGAGAUAGGGAGCGAUCCCAGCUGGAAGGGAACUCAUGCGCGGUGUGCGUUCUGUCUUUCAGGUUUACUUAUCCUGCUACAAAUGUUGCUGGUUAAUGUGAAGCUUGUUACUCCUCAGCCGGUCUGCGACAGACAAUUUCUGGACAGUUUCAUCAGAACCGCGGUGGAUGAGGAUAAAGUGAUGAAUGUUCCGUGUGUUUUCCCCGAGGACGUCAUCAUACCAGAGCCGAGUAUUAACGCAGAAUGGAGGAAGCUGCAGAUAUCUCAGCAGAGGGAUGAAGUUCAGCAGGGACUCUCUUUACUUAUGACUGCUGUCCCGAAGGUUACAAAGUUCAUCUCGGAAUGUAAAUUGGAGCUCUCACUUCAGAAAUUCUCCAGCAAAGUGCGGACACUGAAGAACAUCCUGGACAGAGUCAAUGUAAAGACCGAAUCAGAAUAUCCGCCUAGAGAAGCAAGAACGUUUCCCGCAAGGACUUUACAGCAAUUCUACGGUGUUUACAGGAACUUUUUACAAGGGAAAUAUAGGACUGUCAUCAUUUCCAUUUGCAGCCGAGCUCAGAACAGAUGAUGCACCACGUGGACAGACAGCCGCCCCCCACUCCCACCAUUACUCCACUCCGCUCCGCCAGGACAAGGACUCUACGGACA